GCCGAGCAAGAACGAGUGGUAUGAAGGAGAAGGGAAGUUUACGUUUCCCAACGGGGUCGUCUACGUCGGCCAGUUUCGCAAAGGCGAAUUCCAUGGGCAAGGUGCCCUCGUCUAUCCGAAUGGAGGCAGGUAUCAAGCGACGUGGGAGAGAGGCUACGCAGUAGAGGGCAGGUACGUCUUCAACGACGGCCUGCUCUAUGAGGACAAGAACUGGCAGUAUGUGUCGCAGGGCGAUCGACGCUUCUACACCGAAGUGAAAGAAGGUCUGAAGCCGGCCGGCGAAACACUACUGACCAACGAGAAG